GCAGCCUUUGGAACGGAUGGUAUCCCAUAUGCUUGUAGUGUGUGGGCGCCUUAUCGAUACUUACAUAAAUCGAUAACGAGAAAAAUGAGCGCAAAAAAGAAACCAUGGGUAAGAUCCGCCUUCAGUCAACUAAAUAUGGCACCAAAGAGCAAUUUAGAAGCUGUGCCCGUCAAGCGCACCAGAAGCGCAAGCGCCGCUGCAGCCUCAGAGUCGAAAAUCCAAAAGAAAGGAAAUUCCACACUAACAACUACAACGACAGUUGUGGAUCUUACGCUGGACGGGGAAACCGAAGCAUAUCCCGCUGAGAGUCAAGCUAAUGGAAUAGCGCCAACAGUGAGCGACAAUUGGAUGGAGAGUUUUGCGCCCAGCACAAGUGACGAUCUGGCUGUGCAUCCAAAGAAAAUAGAUGAAGUGCGCAACUGGCUCCGCCAUUGCCAAGCGUUGCGUUCUAAAUUUCCUGCACAAAUCUGUCUGCUCACUGGACCAGCAGGAUCUGGUAAAACUGCGACACUGCGUGUCUUGGCGCAGGAGUUUGGCUACGAGUUGCAGGAAUGGAUUAAUCCCAUUGACUGUGAGGAAAUCGGUGCACUAGGGGAUCAGGCUACUGGUAAUUCCUAUAUGGGCUCACAGCUGGAGGCCUUCAAGAGCUUUCUGUUACGUGCUUCACGUUACAAAUCGUUGCUGGCAACUCAAAACAAACGUCUUAUCCUGGUUGAGGACUUUCCAAAUGUGCUGCUAAAGGAUGCAGCCUCGACGUUUGAAGAGCUGCUGGACGAGUAUGCGAACUAUGGCAAGUCACCGCUGGUCUUUAUAGUGGCCGACAGCAAGUCGAGGAUUCUUAACAUAAGUUACAAGCUAUUCACGGAUCAACUGAAAGCCAAACUUCGCAUUGAGCACAUUACCUUUAAUUCCAUUGCUUCGACUAUUAUGCAAAAGUCAAUGAAACGCUUUGGCACAUUAAUGCAGCAGGAACAGCACAAGCCCUUGUACAAGCUGCCCACUCAAAAUGUGAUGGACUCGAUUGUAGUGUGUGCUCAGGGUGACAUACGAAGUGCUCUAAUCAAUCUUCACUUCGGCUCGCUUAAAGGUGCUCCUGUCAUGGCCACCAAGCAGCUAAAUGUAACUGCACCUAGCAAAGGUCGAAAAAAAAAAGCAACAAACACUUUGAAGUCCAUUGGAAGAGAUGAAUCCAUUACCAUGAUGCAUGCGCUCGGUCGCGUCUUCAAUCCCAAAUUUAAUGAACAUAAGAACAAAAGUCUCCUGCAUAGUCCUGAAGAUAUAUCUGAAGCCUUUAGCACGGAGCCCAAAAACUUUGUCAACUUUAUACAUGCCAACUACCUGCCCCAUUUCCUAGAUAUUGCCAAUGUUAAGGAUGCCGUCAACGAUAUUGGAGUGGCGGAUAUGCUGCUCCAAGAGUAUCGAGACGAUUCCAUGGCGCUAGUGGGACUCACUGUCGCCGUUCGUGGCUGCAUGGUGGCCAAUGUGGCGCCCGUCAGUGGUUGGAUGCCUGUGCGUGGUCCCAAGCGUUUCACCAAUCAACCUCAGUUGACGGCAGCGGAGCAAAAGCUGCUGGGCAGUACAUAUACAGGCAUCUCCAGAAGUCUAUACGCCAGCGAAUAUAGUUCCUUUGUCAAGAUCAUCGCCAGCAAAGGGUCCUAGUCAAAUUAAAAUAUUUUAUAAUUAUUUAAUUUAACCUAAAGUAAUUGUUGGAAUCUGUCGUUGGCUUAAGUUCAAUAUUACAAUUCAACAUUUUAUUCAUUUAAAAAUCGGAUGUACUCUAUAUAAAAUUUAAUAUUCAAUAAAAUUGUCAAGCUACUGGCUAUCUUAAGCAUACUAUA